AGUUCCUGUUUGACAAAGAAAGAGACAAAGACAUGGCUCAAUUCCUGGAUCUACACAGAUCUCUCUUCCUUAACAACUCAAGUUCCCACAAUUUUCUUAGCAAACCACUGAUGCUAGUUCAACGAAGAUCACUUUUUUAUCAGUAUUACGCAAGUGAUGAUGCGUUUCUGAAGUCUGGGGGCUUCCAAUUUUCAUUGCAAGCUGGUCAUUGGGAGGUAGUAGAUCAUUUUGAGGCAUGCUCACUUUCUCAUAAGGUGAAAGUUUGUGAGGGAGCAAAACGGGACACCUUUCCACAUAUACAGACUCUGAAAAAGUUUCCCAAGGAGGAGCUAUUCAGAAAAGUUGUUAUGGUCAGAUUUGAUUCUAUAAUUUUACUUGGUAAAGAGCGGGACCAGCAUUCUUCAUCUUUCACCAGUGCGCUGUCUACUAUUAAGUAUUUACAUGAAGCUGGGGCUAAAGUAAUUUUAGCAAGUAACUGGAGUGAAAAGAUCAGCUCAAAGCUUCUUACAGCAGAAGCUGUUGCGGGUAUCUUUUGUUUUUUCAUUGUUGUUUUUUCAAGUCAAUACUUUUGAACCAUCAGUCAAAAAUCUUUAACCUUGACCUUACAUGGAGAAAACUUACUUUGAAUAGUUAAGUAAUAGCAUCAUACAGAUGCGUGAAAGCCGGUAUGUUUCUUCUGCCUCUCUGCAUCUACCAUAUGUGAUAUCAAUUGGGGUAAAAAUGUAAGAAUCAUAAAAUAGUUGUAAGUUUAACUAAUAGCAUCAUACAGAUGCAUGAAAACAGGGGUUUCUUCCGCUUCUCUGCAUCUGCCAUAUGUGAUAUCAAUCUGGGUAACAAUGUAAGAAUCAUAAAAUAGUAAAAGCAUGUGGCCGCAACUAAACUCUACAUUAAGAGUGCUGAAUAUUUCUAGUUUUCCAGACUGUCACUAAUGCUUAUUUGCUGUUUCAGAAUUUCUGGCCUUGGCUCUCCAAAUCAAAGUUGUACCGAUGAAAUUUGCUACCAGACAGAUGCACUCUAUGACAGAAGGCAGACCGAAAUCUAGUAUUCUUCUUCUUGAGAAUCUUUCUGAGUUUAAAGGAGAAUUUGCAAACUGUUCAAAAUUUGCUGAGCAAUUGUCAUUGGGGGUUGAUAUCUUUGUUAAUGAUGCAUUUUUCCAAUCUCAUAAAAUCCUUGCAUCAACUGUUGGUGUUUCACGCUUCUGCUAUGCCUGUGUUGCUGGUUUUCACUUUGAAGAGAGCCUUUGUCUACUGAAGGAGGCUGUCAGAACCAAUAAGAAACCAUACGUUGCAAUUAUUGGAGGUGGUAAUCUCUUAAACAAAGCGGCCGCCUUGCGUUUCCUAGCUUCUAGAUGUGAUGGUUUGGUGUUUGUUGGAAACAUGGCCUUUCAAAUCAUGCAUGCCCUAGGAUUGCCAGUUCCUGCGAAAUUGGUAGAACUUGGAGCACUUGAAGAAGCUCUUAAUAUAAUCCAGAUUGCAAACUCGAGAAGCAUGCCCAUUCUGUUUCCAAAAGAUUUUUGGUGUAUUAAUAAUCAUCUUCCAGCACAAUUGGAAAUAUUUCCAGCCAAUUGUAUGUCGGAUGGUUGGGAACCUGUUGAUUUUGGGCCAAACUCAUUGGAAGCAGUAACCUCCUUGCUUUCAAAAUGUGAGAAAAUAAUAUGGAUUGGUCCAGCAAAAUUUAGCUUGCCAAAUCAGGAAACCGGUGGAGCAUCUAAAGUGGCACAAGUGCUUGAUAAACUAAGUCAAAACAAUUGUGACAUAACUGUGGUUGGGAAUAUGGCAUGCAAAACUCUUAUAAGGGAAUCAAGAAAUGUUUUAUUUUAUAAGAUGAUCAAGAAUGCUUCGGUUGUAUGGGCAUUUCUUAAAGGAAGAAAGCUUCCAGGGCUCAUGGCCUUAGAUAGAGCAUACCCAUUUGAGGUCGAUUGGGAUUCCAUGUAUACUGUUCCAACUCGACCUUUGGUAGUUGAUAUUGGAAGUGGAAACGGAUUGUUUCUCUUCAAUAUGGCAAGGAGGAUGAAGGAUCUGAAUUUUCUUGGCUUGGAGAUAAAUCAAAAGCUUGUGAGUCGCUGUCUAGACUCUGUUCAUCAAUCUGGCAUACAGAAUGGAUACUUCAUUGCCACGAAUGCAACAUCAACAUUUCGAUCCAUUGUUUCCCUUUACCCAGGAGAACUGGUUUCUGUAUCAAUACAGUGUCCAAAUCCAGAUUUCAACAAACCAGAACACAGAUGGAGAAUGCUGCAAAGAUCAUUAAUCGAAGCAAUAGCGGAUCUGCUUACACCUGAUGGAAAGGUAUUUCUUCAAUCUGACAUAGAAGCAGUUGCAGUAAGAAUGAAACAACUGUUUUUAAAGUAUGGCAAGGGCAAACUUGCUGUUGUACAUGGUCUGGAGCACGCUAAAAUUGGUACAGAAGGAUGGCUGAAGGAAAAUCCAUUUGGAGUUCGAUCAGAUUGGGAACAGCAUGUUAUAGACUGGGGAGGCCCCAUGUACAGAUUAAUGUUUUCUAAAGUAACCAGCGCCGAAUAAGUGACUGAUGUUGGCUACCGCAUCAACAUGCUUCAAGAUCAUUUAGAGCGAGUCUGUUUCAAUGGGGCAGUUUUCACCCAAUAUGAGUGGCAAUUGUUCUCAUCAAACCAUAUUAGUUGCUGAAAAAAGAUCUCCUGUCUACACUGGCACCAUUGUUACAACAGCUGGGCUUGUGGCAGCGUCACUUGUUUCAGCCAAAAAAUGGCAGUGGAGAAGAGACAGGGCAUUUAGAAACAAAAAAGAAGAAAGAGAGAAGGUAUUGGUGGGGUUGGGAUGGUGGCAACCCCUCACCGACAGAAAUUGCUCGUCUCCUGAGGUCAAUAGUCAGCUAUAGUUCCCCUUGUAACCUUCAUGGGAGAGCUAAACAUUGGUUCUUUUUUCAUGUACUCUUUAGCUUGUAUAACAUAUUUUUUGGUAGAAUACCAUUUGUCAGGUCUGUGGUAUGUUUUGAGUUUUUUUUU